GAAACAACAAAGAAAUUAGUAAUAAACAGGUAACGGUAAUGGCGAAAGCUUGGAUAAAUUCUUCAAUAAUACUUAUUUAUUUAAUUAAUUGGUGUGAUAAUGGGAGUUUUGGUCUUCCGGCAAGUCCACAAGUCAUAACACCGCUUGGAAAAAUAACAGGAAUGCAAAUGGUCUCACGUCGCGGCAGGAAUAUCAAUGCAUUUUUGGGAAUUCCAUAUGCUCAACCGCCCAUCGGGCCUCUUCGAUUCAAAAAUCCAGAACCAGUCAAGCCGUGGAUUGGAAACUUAAUGGCAAUUAAUGAAGCCCCGGUUUGUGGUCAACGGGAUGAGUAUACAAAUUUCCUCAUGGGUCAGGAGGACUGUCUAUAUUUAAAUGUUUAUUCACCAAAUAUAGAUCAGGAGGAAAAUUUACUGCCAACGAUGGUUUACAUUCACGGGGGUGCUUUUCAAAGAGGAGACGCUAAGCUGGAAUCCCUCGGGCCAAAUUAUUUACUGGAUAAAGAUAUAGUAUUAGUAACAGUUCAGUACCGACUGGGUAUUACCGGAUUUCUGAGUACGGGUGACGCAAGUGCACCAGGCAACUUUGGAUUAAAGGAUCAAGCUCUUGCAUUAAAGUGGGUACAAAAAAAUAUUAAAUAUUUUGGCGGGAGCUCAGAUAAUGUAACACUAUUUGGGCAGAGCGCAGGUAGUGUCAGUGUCAAUUAUCAAGUUCUUUCAAAAACUACUAAAGGAUUAUUCCAUCGAUAUAUUACCCAAAGUGGUAGCUCACUUUGUCCAUGGUCUUUCGCAAACUCAACUAGUUACAAGAGUUACGCUUACAAACUUGGAGCGAUAUUUGAGUGCCCAAAUACAACUUCCCAAGAACUAAUAGAAUGUUUAAGGCAGGUUCCUUACUAUAGUUUAUUUACUGAUGAUAUAUUUGGAGGUAUGCAACAACUUGCUUUAGUUACUUGGGUACCCACAGUUGAGCCAGACAUCGAAGGUGCAUUUAUAACCGAACAUCCUCUUCAAAUAAUUCUCAGUGACAAAAUUCAAGACCUUCCCAAUAUCAGCGGGGCUGUUAAAAAUGAAGGAUUAGUUCUUACCACAGUUUUAUACGCUAAUGAAACGUUGUACCAUGAAAAAAUUGGCGAUGUAAACGAAUUAUUACACUUUGUGACUAGCUCUUACGUCACUGAUGGCGAUGCAGAUAAACUAGCUAAUAAUUUGUUUAAUUUUUAUUUUGAUGGUAUUGAUCUCGCUGAUAAAAAUCAGGUUAUUCCAAAGCUGACAGAUUUAAUUGGUGAUAUUUCAUUUCUGUUUCCGGAAAUUCUGCAAAUUCAACUGGUGAGCAAGAGAAUGAAACAGCCCUCGUAUUUUUACACCUUCGAGUAUCGAGGAACUUUUAGUAAAACUUCACUGUUGUUGAAAAAUAAUGACAACAUAGGGGUCAUUCAUGCUGAUGAGCUUAUUUAUUUGUUCCCUUUCACUUCUGAGUAUUUUGGGCUACCGGAUCUUGAGAUGAGUGAAGAGGACGAAAAAAUGAUUGACAUUCUUGUCGAUUUGUGGACAAACUUUGCAAUUUAUGGAGAGCCAAGGACAAAUUUUAAUAGAGAUAAAAGUAUGUGGAAACCUUAUUCAGAUAAUUUCUUCCACUUACAAAUAGGCUCUGAAAACGAACCGGUUUUACUGAAGAAUCAUCAUUUCUUGGAUGAUCGUAUGCAUUUCUGGGCGAUGCAAAUAUUAAAAAUUUUACUUUGGUGAUCUGGUCAUUUAUCAAAUAUCAAAUGUUAUUAAUUGUCCAGCGUUGAUUUGUUAGAAAUUUUCACUGAUUCAUCAAUUUUUCAUUAAAACUACGCAAAAAAAGCUUUUUUUUUCAUCAAUUAUUCAUUUAAUUAAGUGAUUAAACGGAGCACUCCAUUCGAUUUAAAUAAUGUAUCAAAUGGAUUGUUCUUCAAAAUAUUCAAGAAAUAAAGUUUAGUUCCUGAAACAAUAAAUUAAAAUGAGUUUGCAGAGCUGAAAGUGGCCAUAAAAGUUUUAAUUUUAUAAAUUCAAACUUUUGACGGUCGACAAUGAUUUAAAUAUUUAUUUAUUUAUUUAUUUAUAAGUUAAUAAAGACGAAAAGAAAAACUAUUGUGAAUUAAGAUUUAAGAACGGUGAAUUUGUGUUACUUCAGCUUGGAUUGAAAUAUUUAAUAAAUUUAAUGUCCUUGGAA